AUGUCUUCUGGCAAUUUCGAUUAUCCUCCAGCGUCUUCUGCUGCCGGAAACUCCACAGACAACGCACCUGCGGUACCACCCCAGUUUCCCUCCAUCUCCCCUGCCGAGAUUCCCAAUUUGUCCGCCCGCCUGCAUCAUUUACGGCAGUUGCUUCAAACGGAGAGGGGCCGCGAUUCUUCUCCCAAUAACGGUUCGACCGACGUCGGGCCGUCGCCACCCUUUCGGAUGCCUGCAGAAUCAUCGGCUGAGCGUCGUCGACGCCGGGCUAUUCUUCGGGGAAUUGCCCAUUUACGUGCAAAUGAUCGGUCAAACGCUUCCUCGCUCCUACCAUCAACUUCUAUCCUCCCACCUCCACCUCUUCUCUCACCACCACUAGAAUCACAUAGACAUCAGGGCACUCCUUCCGAUCGGCGACUCCAAGGGCAACGGUCGCAGCAGAAUUAUCAAGCAAGCUUGCUCGGACUGCAGCAGGCCGGUGCUAGACUGGCCGAAGCAAGCUCAAGCAUCAGUGCCCUUUUAAAUGAACCGAUACGCAUCUCCUCCCCGGACAUUGCGGCGCAAGAAUAUUCUGGUGAAGCAGAAGUAAAUCGCCGUCGCUUCAAACGUCGAAAACUCGACAGCGAUGCCUCGGAUGUAUCAUUUCACACUUUUCACUAUGGGCAUUUUGGCCAGGUUGUAGCAGGUCCUUUGAAGAUGGAGAUUGUCAGUUGCGAUGGAGGAAACUAUGCCGAGGCGGCCGGUGAGCGAGCGUACUGGGCGAAUAACGUUUUGAGAAACGACAAGAGCGUUUACUGUACCAAGAGCAGCCGAUGCAACCUCGUGUUACGACACCAGGGAGAGUCGCCAUUUACAUUGAAGAAAUUGGUCAUCAAGGCACCGGAAAGAGGAUUUACCGCCCCUGUUCAAGAGGGCAUGGUUUUUGUCUCCAUGACAGCGGAUGAGCUUUUCUCGCGUACGGCCAAGUAUAAGAUACAAUAUAAUCCCGCUCCAAGCCGCCAGUCUACUCGGAAUGAGAGGAGAAAUCCGGCCCAGGCUCGUCAGGCAUUGCUUGGGCAGAUUCGUGGCUUCGAUAUUCCUCAUCCGAACAACUUGUUCGAUAGCAUGAGUAGCUCUUCCCGGGAUUACCUCGGCUCGUGGAUUACCCGAUACGGCACGAACAAUGACGGCGACUCUGGAGACAAUGCCGGCGAUUCUGAUGCCAGUGAGAACGACAAUGAAGAUGAUGACGAGACCGGUGAUCCUUCGUGGGCGCAACACGUGGCAACGAUCAGUCCUCGUCACAGAGAUUACCCGGCAUCUUCUCACGUUACCAUGGAGAGCACCGAUAAUUCCGCCGAUGAAGAAGAGGAGACCAGCCCUAUCCAUCUGGCGGAUCGGUCUCGGCGGGAUCUCAUGUCGUUUGGAUACUCGGAUGAUUCGAAUGACGAGGACGAGGAAGGUGGCAGUGCUGGCUUCUUGCAAGAGCAUCACGCCUUUCUUGGAUCGACCGGGAGACGGUCCAGAAAACGAAGCUCGCCCUGUCAACUACUUUCCUUACCUUGGGGGGGAAAACGACACGAUGAUGGCAGAGAGAACGAGCCCGAGAUUAUGAUGCCCUUGUCGAGAUUCUUUAUUCGCCCUCAGAAGAACAAGAUCAGCAUUAGAUUCGACCCCCCUGUGUCUGCUCGAUACAUCUUGAUCAAGCUCUGGGGUCCAUUCCAGGAUGAAAAUAUUGAUAUACAAAGCAUUAUUGCAUACGGCUUCGCCGGGCCGCGGUACUUUCCAGCUAUGGAGAUGCGCUGA